AGAGCGGAAUAUGCCCGUAAUUUUUCCAUCACAAAUAUUUUUGGUGGAACUCAAAGCCUCAGCAAUACUCCAAGCUGGGGGUUGGGAGGCAGUGCCGAUUGGUCCGCUCUCACACAGACACGGGCAGGCAGGGGCUGCAAGGGGCAGGUCGACAGCUAGGAAAUAGUCAUAAUUUAAUAAUGCAUUGAAUAUGAGGUAACAAGGAAUUAGAAACUUAUAGCACUGUAUGAUAUGUCGCUGUAAAUGGGUGGUUCUCUCAGUAAGUGAAAUGCAUGCAUAUAUUUAUCGUUUGAAGGGGCCGCCGGUGGUGUAAGAGCUAUCGCAAGUAGAGUAUAUGUCCACAGGAUCCUGGCCUAGUAUUGCUGCUGCUGGGAUUCUCCUCAUCCGCUUUCACAAAAUUCGAAAAUAGCAUAUUUAAUGAUAGAAAUGAAAGGUUUGACAGUUGUUUUUGCGGUGACCGACAUUUAAAUGGAUGGAGCCUUACCAGGAUGAGUCGGCCCUAUGAACUGCCCAUCAGCAAUGCUCAGGCCUGUCACACUGACCCAACAGUGACCUCUGCCCCCAAUGACCCCUUCUCUCCCUCCUCAAAGCACAAUAACCCCAAUUCUAGACUAGACCCUCCACGUGCCAUGCAGCUGUCCACCGGCCCUGCCCUCAAACCUCCAUCCACCUAUGGGUUCAUGCCCAAGAACCUAUCCUCUUCCUACAGUCCUCUGAGAAGGCUACAGCACCUGACCACCACGGUCAGCCACCCAGACCUGAUACAGGUUGGAGAGGGGGAGAGGGAGGUCUCGCACACCCGAAAUGCUGUUGGGAAAACUGACUUUGGGAAUUCCUUGGCCCUCACAGCUCCCCAGCCAGGCAGGAGAGACACAGACACCAGUAAGACUAAUCCUAGUGUGGAGAAGAAGAGUGACUGUUGCUUCUCUGACCCACCUAGUCCAGACUUUUCACUGGAUAGCAAUAGCCCUUUUGCGAAUGGCUGCCUGCACUUUGAGUCCACUUUGUUUGAUGAUGAUGAUGAUUAUGAUGAAGAGGAUGAUGAGGAUACAGCUUUACCUCUGACAGACAGACAUAGCAAAGUUGGAAAGUCACCUGGACCUCUUCCUGAAUUGUUUAACUUGAAGAUGGACAGCCCAAAGAAGAAGUCCCUUCCACCUGUAAAGUUUUUAGAGGGUGAAGUUAUAUGGGCAAAGUUCAACCGAAGACCCUGGUGGCCUUGUGAGAUGACAGUUGACCCAGUACAGGGAACCUACCACAAAAUGAAAGAGCCCAGUGAUAGGCCUUGUCGGCAGUACCACAUCAGGACCUUUGGAGAGCCGUUGGAACUGGCCUGGGUCGCAGGAAAAGCUACACACACUUUUCAUGGAGGCUUUGAGUUUGAACAGCUCCCCUUGAUACGCAGGAGAGGAAGGCAAAGAGACAAAGACUACAAAUACACUAUACCCAAGCGUUUUAAAGCAUCUUGGGAAAAAAGUGUGGCUGAGGCAGAAGCUGUCCUCCCAGAGCGGCCCAAAAUGGGGCCCUCUAGACCUGACUCCAUAGAUACAACCCUCCAUGAUGGGACCACAUUAGAGAACAAGGACCUUCCAAUUCCCCCUUCCUACAUUCCAUCUGCCUCUAUAUCCCCUGCAGCAAGUCACAUAACAAACGGAACUGUGUCACCACAAAGUAAAUCUUCCCCAAAAGGAAGCAUUUUCAAGAAGCCUCAGAGGAAGAAGAAUCCAACUAAAGCAUCAAAAGCUAAAAAUGAGUUCUUCAACACCGAAACAUUAAGAAGCACUCACAAGCCAGAGGGGGACAUCGAAGAAUGUCCGUAUUUGGACCUUGACUCUAUCCCCAAUAUUUUGUGUCCUAAAGCACUUGAGCGUCAAUCCAAGCCCUCUCAGACUCAGCCCUCAGUUCCAGUAGUAGAAAAAGUGAAGAAGCAGCCUGAAGUCCAAACUGGCCUGUGGUUCAGCAAACCAGGAAAAGACAGGCGACUCAUCACUACCACCUCCAUAUCUAAACACAAUUCCUUUAGUAAGGGCCCCUGCAAGAAAAAUACUCAAACUGCAGCUGCUGUCAACAGACAGACACAAGUGUCCAGUGUGGCAAUCAAGGAAUGCUCUAGUCAUCAGUUGAAGACUCCAGUGUCCAGUGUAAUAGUCAAAGAACGCCCUGCUGAUCAGUCGAAGACUCCAGUGUCCAAUGCAACAGUCAAAGAAAUGACUGGUAAUCAGUUUAAGACUCCAGUCUUAAGUGUGCCCAAGCUCACGGAACAGUCGAAGGACCUGGGCAAGCAGCCUGCGCAUCUGCCCGCUAGCAACCGCCUCAUGACCAGAGCUCUUAAAGCUAUGGAGGAAGCUGAGCGGAAGGUGUCAUCUUCCACAAACACGCCCUCUGAUAAACCAGAGACCAAAACCAACUGUUAUACAGAGGACAAACCUUCAAAGGCUGACAACGAUAAUCAGAUCAUGGCUUUUCCAAAUUGCUCUUCAUUAAAGUUCACCAGGUCGAAGGACUUUGAGGCAGAGGUUAAGACAGAAAAUGAGAGCUUCUUUGUAUCCCAGAUGCCUGCGGAUUUCAUACCUCUAACUUCUGGGAAGGAAAAGAAAGAGAACUGUGUGUCUCACAUCUCCUCCUGUUCCUCUCCUUCGCCAUGCUUCUCUCCCAUGGAUGUCUUCAAAGACAUCAAAGAGUUAUCCUUCAAGUCUCUGGAAUCAAGUGAUGGUGAUGAAAAACAUGUGUCUUUUAAACCAGACACUAACUACAAGUUCAGUACUUUCCUCAUGCUGCUGAAGGACGAGCACGAUACCAGGGAGAAACAUGGUACACCCUUGGAGCUGGAAAUCAGACCACCAACUGCCCAUGUAAAAGAGGAGCCUUCAGUAAUUCCACCCUUACUAGGAGAGGAGUCACUCAGUCAAGGCCCUAGUCUCAGAAAAAGUCAACAGUGCAAGGGCAAAACAAAGGCCAAACCCAAGCUCAAGUCUUCUCUGAAAGUAGAAAUCCCACAACUUGAAGGCAGCAUAAACCAGGACUUGAAAAGGUCAGCCAAAAAGAGAGGCUUGUCUGGGACUAAAAAUAAACCUAAUGGAAAAGAGCCAUGUGGUAAGAGGUCUCCUGGACCUGGCUACCUUGGGAUGGAGGCCUCACACCAUCUUUCUAGCAAUGCCUGUCAGAGGUUUAACCAUGAUUCAGGGACAUUAGGGGGGUUGGGGGAGGGCUGCAGUGGGCUAAUGAAUGAGAGACCACAGAACAUGGUGCCUUUGGAGCAGGGUGGUGCAGACCCAUCGGUGUCCUUUCAGACAAAGACAAGGUUAGACCAGCAGAUUAUCCCUGCCAUCAAUUCUGCAAACACUACACAAAGUACUGGGGAAGGCCAGGAGGCUCCCACAGCACAUAAACGAAUUAGAAAACCAAGCAAAAGACUCAUAGAAUGGACAGAAGAGUAUGAUCAGAUAUUCUCCACAAGGAAGAAACAGAAAAAGGCCCUCCAGUCUUUGGGAAAGGUGGCACAGUCCAACAGCAACAAACCAGAUCCCCUACCAUCAGAGAAACCCACACAUGACCAUGCCCCUCUGAACCCACUUCCUGAAAUACAAUCCCUGCCCCCAGAGGAACCAUCCAAGACCCCAAAUGGACAAGCCCCUCCCCGAAUAGAGAACACUCCCCCUCAGGAUGCACCUAUCCUGUCCAUAGAUACUCCAACCCUGCCUCCUGAAGCAGACCCUUCGCUGUUGUGUGACAGUCUUACAAAGAAUGUUGGUGACGUUCCUUACUUGGAAACCAUCCGUAAGAGACAGAGAAAACCCACUCUGAAGAUUCUGGAAUACUCAGAGGCUGCCACAAUCCCAAAGAAAAAGGUCAAGUCCCUGAAGUCCAGCUCAUCAAGCCAUGCUGUUCAUUCAGGCUCUGGACAACACUCCUUUAAAUCAAAGAUCAAGCAACCAGACUGCCCCCAGACACAGAGUUGCAUGGAGAGGGGGUCAGACAUCGACCUCACCACGCCCCCCACUAAGGACACUAAUCUCCAUGACGAUGGGAGGGACACCAUAGACCCAGAGGGUUUUACAUCCAGUUUCGAUGACAGCUUUUCAUCCAUGAGGGAGGAGUCUUCACAGUGCGAUGACACACUCUUCCCCAAUAAGAAGAUCAUAGUGGACAGAGGGGGCGUGGCCUCAUUGAAGGAGAAUGUGUGUCAGGUAUGUGAGAAGACUGGGGAGCUUCUGCUGUGUGAGGGCCAGUGUUGUGGGGCCUUCCACCUCCAGUGUAGCGGCCUCACAGAGCCUCCUAAAGGGAAGUUCGUCUGCCAGGAGUGCAAGUCUGGUGUCCAUACCUGUUUUGCGUGUAAGAAGCCCGGGGAGAACGUGAGGCGCUGUAUGAUCCCAGUGUGUGGGAAGUUCUACCAUGGAGAGUGUAUCGCCAAUCACGCUCCCGUUGCCCCCCUGCACGGGGGCUUCCGCUGCUCUCUCCACGUCUGUCUGUCCUGCUUCAUCACUAACCCUGUCAACCCCUCCGUCCCCAAAGGUCGUCUGACACGCUGUGUGCGUUGCCCUGUGGCGUACCAUGCCAACGAUUACUGCAUGGCAGCGGGCAGUGUGGUCCUGGCCAACAACAGCUUCCUGUGUCCCAACCACUUCACCCCCCGCAGGGGAUUCCGCAACCAUGAACACGUCAACGUCAGCUGGUGCUUUGUCUGCUCUGAAGGGGGCAGUCUGUUGUGCUGUGAGUCGUGUCCUGCUGCCUUCCACCGGGAGUGUCUGAACAUCGACAUGCCCGAGGGCAGCUGGUUCUGUAACGACUGCCAGGCCGGGAAGAAGCCCCACUAUAAGGACAUCCUGUGGGUCAAAGUGGGCCGGUACAGGUGGUGGCCUGCGGAGGUCAACCAUCCCAAGAACAUCCCGGAGAACAUCCUACGUAUGAGGCACGACGUAGGCGAGUUCCCUGUGCACUUUUUUGGCUCCAACGACUACCUGUGGACCUACCAAGCCAGAGUCUUCCCCUACAUGGACGUAGACACCAACAACAAGGAGAAGAUGGGGAAAGGUGUAGACGUCAUCUACAAGAAAGCUUUGGAGGAAGCUGCUCGCAGGUUUCUGAAACUGCAGGCAGAGAAAGAACUGAGACAGCUUCAGGAGGACAGGAGGAAUGACAAGAAACCCCCUCCAUACAGACACAUCAAGGUGAAUCGGCCAAUCGGGAAGGUGCAGUUCAUCACGGCCGACCUUUCAGAGAUCCCACGCUGUAACUGCAAGGCUUCAGACGAGAACCCGUGUGGCAUCGACUCUGAGUGUAUUAACCGCAUGCUGAUGUACGAGUGCCACCCCCAGGUGUGCCCAGCGGGCAAUGGCUGCCUGAACCAGGCCUUCACCAAACGCCAGUACAGCCAGGUGGAGAUCUUCAGGACUCUGGCACGAGGCUGGGGCCUUCGCUGUGCCCAUGACAUCAAGAAGGGGGAGUUUGUGAAUGAGUACGUAGGAGAAGUGAUCGAUGAGGAUGAGUGCCGGGUCAGGAUCAAACACGCCCAAGAUAACGACAUCUGUAACUUCUACAUGCUGACUCUGGACAAGGAUCGGAUCAUUGAUGCUGGGCCAAAGGGGAACCAGGCCCGCUUCAUGAACCACAGCUGCCGGCCCAACUGUGAGACACAGAAGUGGACGGUGAAUGGAGACACGCGUGUGGGACUCUUCACUCUCAUAGAUGUCCCUGCAGACACAGAGCUGACUUUCAACUACAACUUGGAGUGCCUUGGGAAUGGGAAGACUGUGUGUAAAUGUGAAGCUCCAAACUGCAGCGGCUUCCUAGGAGUUCGGCCAAAGAACAACCCUCCAGCAGACGACAAGGGCCGCAAACUGAAGAAGAAGGUCCUGGCUAAACGGAAGAACAAGAUGGAGGUGACCAAGGAGAGGGAGGACGAGUGCUUCAGUUGUGGGGACGGGGGACAGAUUGUGUCCUGUAAGAGACCAGGCUGUCCCAAGGUCUACCACGCAGACUGUCUCAACCUCGCCAAGAGGCCUGCAGGUCGGUGGGAGUGCCCGUGGCACCAGUGUGACCUGUGUGGUAAGGAGGCAGCUUCCUUUUGUGAAAUGUGUCCCAGCUCUUACUGCACACUGCACCGCGACGGCAUGCUCUUCAUCUCCAAGCUGGACGGACGGCUGUCCUGCAGCGAACACGACCCCUGUGGACCAGACCCCCUGGAGCCAGGGGAGAUCAGGGAGCACCUACCCGACAUCUGUGCUCUCUCACCGGGCCUGGGGGCUGGCGUAGUAAUCCCUGGUGCUGCUGCUACAGUCACUACUACAGGGGACCCCGAGCCUUGCCCUUGUCCUGAGUCUGAGUCUUUCCCCCCUCUCCCCAGCUCUGGCCCCAUCUCUGGCCCCAUCUCUGGCCCCAUCUCUGGCCCCAUCUCUAGCCCCUUCUCUGGCCCCAUCAGCACACCUCUAGCCAGCUCUGAGGCCCCCGAUAGCUCUCACCUUUUCCUUCCCCAGUACUCACCCAUCUCUUCCUACGAAGAUGAGAAAGAAGAAAUUGAGGAUCCUUUGGGUGAUGGAGAGGGGAUGGAGGGAGAGUUGGAGGAUGGCGAGAUGGAGGGUCUUGAGUUGAAAGAUGAAGUAGAAGAACAAGUGGAGGAAGAGGAAGAAGAGUAAAGACAUAAUUUUUCAACAACUGCAUGGUGGCUUAUCAUUCCACACAGUUCAUACAGGGUGGAGGGGACAUGGACACUGAUUAGCCAAACCACAGAAUAGCCCCGUCAAUCACUGCUCUUAUUGUCCAGUGAGCAUGUGAUUGUCCUGAAGGUCUACCAUGUGGGGAGAAGGGCUACUUGCUUGUUCUUGAGGGUGGACCAGAGCUCAGCAUCAUGUAGAUUCACUCAUCUUUGUAUAUAAGGAUCUGUUCUUGUCCAGAGGAUUUAUAGAUCUGUGAAUUCACACACGGCCUUGUUCAGUCAGACCCCCGAGAAAAAGCAGGAUGUUACAAUGGAGUCUGGGCUGGUGUGUCGAAACGAAGUAGGAUGGAGUUGCUGCUGGACACUGAUUUGUGGUCACGUCUAGCGUUUUCCCCCUAAUAGUCAAGGUUAGGGUUUGGGGUGGGUACACUGAUCCUGGAUCUGUGCUUAAGGGCACAAUGGAGUAUGAUGGGAACUGUAUUCAUAUAGCUAGGCCCAUUUGGAUCUCUUCAUGGUUCGUUGUCAAAGCUGCUGGUUUUUGUUUUAGAACAUGUUUACACUUCUGCACCUCCUUUUUGAGGACACAGCAACUAACUUAUCUGAAGGGACAUCUUUUUCAAAGGGGAGACUGAAGAGAAGCGGGACAGUGCUGUCAAAGGCACGGAUAUCCCCUCAUGAGCAAGUAGCCUAUAGUGUGUUAGAUGAGUCUGUCAAACUGUUUCUCUCUGAAGCAACUCUCCUGCAUGGCACAAAUGAGUAAUGCUGUGAAAUGAGUACAUCAGCCAUGGAAAUGAUUAGUCACACUAUCAACCAGUCCUUUCAUCCUUGUCAUUGUUGUGCAGUGCACAGUCUAUAUCCGUAUCUGUUUCAUGAUCAUUAAUCUACUGUCUCUGCUGCCCCCUGCCUUACCACACCAAAUGAUACAGACACCUAGACAAUACACAUGCAAUCAAAUGGCUUAGUUAGUACAUGUGGGUAGUACAUCAAGGAGAUGGCUUGAUAUUGAACAUGCCCACAUCCUAAUCCAUGACAGCACUUUGCGUUCCCCCCUAACCCUGGCAUUGCAUCGCCAUUAGCUCUUCUGUACUGAUAUCUGUUUGAGUGCAGUUGGCUGUACUGUAGGUCUUGGAACACAAGCUUCCUCACAUGGUGGAGCUUUGUCUAGAAACUGAACUGAACCUUCAAUGUGAAAGUGCCAUUGUACUCAGCUGUUGAGUACGCUGCUUGACGUAACCUUACAUCUAAGAUAGCUAGCUCUUGUGUGUGAAUUAUACUCUCUAUGACAUAUUUAUGUAGACCUUUAUAACGCACAAAUUAAGACGGGACUGAUUUAUAGUAGUGGCAUUGCUGUGUCUCUUUAUAUCAUCCAUACUUUCCAUUUGAAAGGCUAUACUCCUGCCUUUGGUUUAGCACUAAAAAUGACAGAUCUGUUCUGUUCCCCGGCUAAAAUGCUUUCACUACAGUAUGUUUGUCUCUAUGUGUUUUGUCCCUCUUGAAGCUUGUCUCUGUCUCGCUGUCUUUGUUGUGUCCGUUUUUUCAUCUCUACUUAUGCCUUUUCAAUUGAGUCAAUCAGUUUUGGGGUUUCUAUGAAAGAAGGGAGGUGAAGUUGGUUCUGGAGGGCCAUAGAACAGAAUGAAGUGGAUUUGCCAUUUCCCUGUUAUGGGGAUGUUGUGUUUCCAUUUCUGAAGCUUGCAUCAUGCCUUUACAAUAAGCAAUAUUUGUAGUGAUUAAUAUUGCCCAAUCUUGUAACUUUAGUCGUGUCGAAGUAUCUCUAGCAGCCUUUAUGUAUUAAAACUUAACUGGCUUAGUUUUAAUUCAUCAUGCAAAUAUGUGCAAUUUCUUGCAUUUGAAUAGAAAUCCAACCAGUUUUUUUUUAUGAUUUGAAAAAUGUAUGAAACAGUUCGGUCCCUUCUUAUCCAUAUACUGUACUGUGAAGGUCGCCAUGGUGCCCACUGCUGUUGCUCCAAUAUAGAGAUACAGGCACCAUUGUCACUUGAACAUCUUCACCCAGGAGUUAUACAGUAACUCAUAAUUGUAUUUUAAUAGCACUAAAACACAUACGAAUUUUAACAACACAGAUAUAAGAUCCUAACUGAUUAAUACAUCUGUUGGAAGAAUAUUUGGGCCUGUAUAUAAAAGCUAAAUAUGAUGAAUGAAAAAAACAUGACCUUCAAAUAAGUCUAGAGCCAGAAGAUAUGCGUUCUCUGGUCUCAGCUCUGUCAUCAACCUGUCCAACGAACAAGAUCACUUCAACUUUAAUACAUGUUGGUUGAGUUGCUGUCAACAGAUGUGGUAAAUAACACUUUAUAUUGCUGUAACAAUAUCACAGUCAUCAAGCAGAUAAUAGUAGGCUACGAUAGCACAGUAAGAGGAGGUCGAGGGUCAUUUCUGGUCACAUCACAUGAGUCAGAAAUCGGUAGAGUAGGGAGACAAAACUCCCAACUAUCACCACAGUACUUUGGAACUUGUGAUACGAUAAUGAGCUGUAUAUCUUUUUCUACAUGGUCAGUUACCCCUCCGUCCUCUUUGAAGGGUUGUCUGAUAAUGCACAAAGAGUUGGGAGGCUGUAUCACUGUUUAUAUACAUUCAUACACAUGUAACAAAGCUUCUUUUUUUGCUGUCAUGCUUCUUAGCUUCUGACUCCCUUCCCUCUCUGCCUUAUUCAGACAUGUGUAAUUAAUCUGUUCAAAAUGUAACCGUUGAGAGUUCAAUAAUAUCCUUCUGCCUUGUGAGGAGAUUGAAAGGUGUUGUAUUUCUUUGUACAUAAUAAAGAAAAAGCUAAGUUGCAAUCACAUGA